UGAGAAAAGACAUAUCGAGUUAAUCAAAAGUCAGAAAUCAAGAGGAGAUCGAUCGACUUUGAGCAGGUUUAAAUAAAAAUGUCUCGGGGAGUUAAAGGAGCCGCAAUUGGUAUUGAUCUUGGAACGACAUACUCAGUUGCUGCGGUUUGGUUUCAAGGGAAAAAUCGCGUGGAGAUCAUACCGAAUGAGCAGGGAAACAAGAUAACUCCAUCAUGUGUAGCUUUCGAUGAUACAGAGUUAUUUGUAGGCGAGGGUGCAAAAAACCAGAUCACUAGGAACCCUUCUAAUACGGUGUUUGAUGUUAAGCGUUUGAUUGGAAGCAGAUUUGGUGAUUCUCGAGUGCAGAAGGACAUGGAGUCGUGGCCUUUUAAGAUCAUUGAAGGGCCUGCAGAGAAGCCAACUGUUGUAGUCGAGUUCAAGGGUGAAAAGAGGGAGCUAGCCCCUGAAGCGUUAUCGUCCAUGGUUCUCAUGAAGAUAAAAGAGUCUGCUGAAGAAUUUAUUGGGACAAAGGUGUCGGAUGCUGUGAUCACGGUUCCUGCUUAUUUUAACGACAAACAACGAGAGGCAACAAAGGAAGCAAGUACCAAGGCAGGGUUCAAUGUGAUUCGUUUGAUAAAUGAGCCUACAGCAGCUGCAAUUGCAUACGGUUUGGACAAUAUGGCUGACAAAAAGUGGUACAAGAUUGAUAAGAAUAAAAAUGUUUUGGUCUUUGAUUUGGGUGGCGGAACCUUUGAUGUAUCUCUUUUGACGGUUGGUAAAAAAGGUGUCGUUGUCAAAGCGGUUGGGGGUGAUACUCAUUUAGGUGGUGAGGAUUUUGAUAAAACGUUAGUUGAUUACUGCAUUGAUAAAUUCAAGAAACAACAUGGGGAGGUCGACAUUAGAGGCAAUCCAAGAGCAUUAGGGAGGUUGAAAGUUGCCUGUGAGAAAGCAAAGAGGGAUUUGUCAUCAACCACAAUUACUCGAAUUGAGAUCGACUGUUUGUAUGGUGGGAUUGACUUUUCAAUUAAAAUCAGUCGGGCUAAAUUCGAGGAACUAAAUUUAACAUACUUUGAGAAGUGCAUUCAGCUAGUGGAAAAAUGUCUGAUUGAUGGGAAAAUGAAGAAGGAAAUGGUGGAUGAUGUGGUAGUCGUUGGGGGGUCGACUAGGAUUCCAAAAGUACAACGAAUGGUGGAGGAGUUCUUUGAUGGGAAGAAACUCUGCAAGAGUAUGAAUGGCGAUGAGGCUGUUGCAUCCGGCGCUGCAAUAUUGGCUUCAAGGUUAAGUGGAAACAAUGGCAAGAUUCAAGAUAUCGUCUUGAUAGAUGUCACUCCCCUCUCGUUAGGAAUUGAGGUUAAGAAUAUGGAAGGUGAAAACGGUUUCAUGAAGGUUAUUAUUCCGAGGAACACAUCCAUACCCACAAGCAAGGUGGAAAUGUUUGUUUCAAACGAGAACUCUACAAGGGCAAAGAUCGCAGUGUAUCAAGGUGAGAGUGACAGAGUUAAGGGCAACACGUUACUUAGCGAGUUCAACCUUAGCGGGCUUACACUAGGUCCCAAUGGGACGUCAAAAAUCAAAGUAGUCUUUGAUGUAGAUGUUAAUGGGAUACUUUGCGUUUCUGCGGAGGAAAUAUCCACAGGUCAAAGAAAAACAAUCACAAUUGCAAAGACCUGAUCAAAGUGG